AAGUACAGCGCAGACCAGGCAAGUAGAUGAUAUCCAGUCGCUAACACGGGAAUUCAAGCCACGACAGCACCACAAACCUCAAUAUAAGAACCAUUGACUUGCGCAUCAUCCAAGUCGCAUGAGCCUGGCGCAAAUGAUUUUUGCCCGAAAAGGUCACUGUGAGCUCGCUAUUGAGGUCAAUAGCGUAUUAUGACCCAGUCCCAACGCCAUGACCUCAGAACGCCCCAACGCGCCAUUAUGGUCGAUUCGACAAUCCGCACUCCCGACAAUUCUCAUGCCCUGAGCCCCAGCCCCAGUGCCUCGUCCGCUACACCGUUAGCAGGCGCUGUGACACCUGCACAAAGAGCCACCAGGUCGGGUUGGCGAGUAGGCAAUGUCUUGUUUGAUCUCCAAAUGAAUCCAUUCCAUGCUCCAGAUCAUGGAACAACUGUCUCAUCUAGCCCCGGUCUGCCGCAAGAGGACAAAAUGCCGGCUGCCGGCCUCAACCCAUAUCGCGAUGGUCGUAUCAGGACCGCGGUGCCCAGCAAGCUUAAAGGCAAGACGAAUAUGAAGCAAGGUAACUUCAGUGUUAUGCAGAUGCACGUCCAGAAGCCGCAAAUGACGGAGCGCGACCUUGCGGCCAAGCGUACAAGUGAAAGAACUGCUGCUGCUGCCAAACUUGCAAGUGCUCAAGGGUAUCGCCAUCCAAGGAGACCGCGGCUACCACAUGCAGCGGCUGCUCGUACUCCUUCACAAUCUCUCUCAGAUAUCCCUUUGGUGAUCACAGACAUUUCCAGGCCAGUUGCUCAGCCUGCACCCCUCGAGACGACUGUGUCAUAUGAAGAACGGCGAGCAGAGGGGGGGACUACUGCACAAGACGCCAGCACAGGGCUUGAAGAGGAUCCAUUCACAGAAGCAGAUGGUAUGGGAAAUAUUGAAACAGAAAUCCCAGAAGAAUCAACUAAAGGAGAGAUCGCACCCAAGGUCAAUCACGAACAAGAGGACGGUCCAUUUAUAGACGCGAACUUGAAACAUGAUAUCAGCAUGGACCCGUCGAACGAACUGCUCACGCCAGCAGAUCCCACACGAGAUCCUAACAGAGAACAGCCUACCGGUACUAAGCCCCCGACAACAACUCUUCCACCGGAAGAGGUCAAAGCUGAGCAAUAUCGACUUCUUGAACUCUUACGAAAACUGCGCCCAAAUACAGUCGUUGAAACGCUUUGCAGCGCCCUUAUCCAGUUCGGCGGUAACACUGGCUACCUCCCGUCUCCUGAUGGGGAGUCCUCUGAAAGUGGUUCAAAGUACGGCUCGGGUGAUCUCUUUGUUUCAUGGAUUUCGGAAAUUUUCCCUCCAAACUUUGCUGAAGACAGCACUGCGAAAAGGCCAUCGAAACCCUCAACAGGGAGGCCACGGGGCAGGCCAAAAGGGAGUACGAAAAAGCUGGUACAGGCACAUUCGCAUCUUAUGCGUACUGCCUUCGUUCCCCUGGCUAUGAGACCCGAUGAAACGAAUGGCAGGCAACUUUCGACACUUAUCGAAGGUUCGGGUGCACCACGAGAGUCUGAUGCAAAUAAUCGAGGCUCAGAUAUGCCUCUACCACGUGCUUCCAACAAUCAAAGCUCGAAUAAGCUACUGCCCCGUGUUGAUAAGGACCAAAUUUCUAUAGCUGCUGCUUCUUCAAGUAUGCCGAAAUUGAUGAAUGUUUCAGGGGAGGCCGAAAGAAGCGCCUCACGUCCAUCGAUUGCACCGGCUAAAUCAACUAGCACAUCUGCACUGGUCGUGCCAAAUUCUUCGGUUACAACGUCAAGGCGCACGAAGAGUACAGGCAGGCCUCGUGGCCGACCAAGGGGAUCAAGGAACAAACCCAGGUUACCGCCUGCCAGGCCUGCUUCAUCCUCAUUUAAUUUAUCAGACUCUCAUCUCAGGGAGUCAAGGCCUCAAUCUGAUGAGCGAACCACAAAGGAAAUCACGUACAACUCCUUAAUAUCCACGCCGGGUUCGAACUACGUGACCGAGCCAGCCAGUGCUCUUCGAACCAUCUUCCCUUUCCCGGGGUUGCCUGAUACUCCUGGAGCAGCGGCCAGCAAAACACAAGGUGGCGCAACUGGCUCGCCUGGUUGUACGCAAGAGAACAAAGCACGAACAGCCGGUGGCAGUUCCGUUAUCAUACAAGAACCUCGGGGGCCAAAGAGCCACGACCAAGACGCUGCCCAAGUUUCUUCGAAGAAGAGGAAGAAUUCACAACAAGGUCCGCGAACGAACACUCGAUUGAUCGAUGCCCCACAAGCAUCCCUCAGGACUGCACAAUUAGCCACCAAUUAUCCUCAUGAGAAACAAGUCAAGCGUAUUUGUGUGUCUCAGGAGACAACACCAAGAAACCUUGGCACUAGCGAAAGAUAUUCCCAAUCAGCCGAUGCAGAGGCUAUAGCUUUUCGUGCAACUGCCACCACCAGAGACUCUGCGUCUAUAUCAAGCACAUUCGCCUCGGGGGCACAGGCAACUGGACUUGAAGAUAGUUUGAGUCAGCGAGUGUCACAAAGCCCAUCUCACUUGUACCAGCAGCAUCAAGAGCUCAAGCAGUUUGAUGAGUCUUACCAGACCCAAGCAGAUCAACACGUCCAACUUCAACACAAACAUCAACCUCGACAUGCUUCACCACAGGGUUUGAGAUCCGAACAGUCAAUCCAGCCGACGAGUCUAUCUUCUCCAACAAAUGGAAAGCCGCAGAGUCGGGGCCUUGGGGCUCCGGAGGGUAUUCUCCGAGAAGUAACAGUGGUGGGUUUGUACCAGCGGCAGCGACGACAGCAACGACAGCUGUCGAAUCAAUUAGGCCAUUCCGCUGCAGGGCCAUUUUCCCGGACAACAGGCUCAAAAUCUCCUCGGCAAGCUCAAAAGCUUGACGGCCGACCUCUGAUUCCUCAACACGAGCAACAAUGUCUUCGUUAUUCAGCUGGGACAGCACCCUUAGCAAACAAACAUGGAUCAUUUUGAGCCGGAUCGGUUAGAAGAGCCAGUACCAAUCGCAAAUAUGAACGAAACACCUCCCAAGCCUUGUAAAACUGCAUCAGCGCCUAUAGCAAACAUGCCUUAAGCUCCCAGUUUUAAAAGUCAGAACUACGUCUGAAUAGACUAUCAUAGCAACUCUGGCGCAGCGAAGCAAAUCAGGAUUCACGUUUUGACAACACACUGACCGAAAUUGGCAUGCGUAAUCAAGUAUUUCACACCAUGAAAAGGGAGUGAUAAUAUCAGCAGAUAGUAAAUAGCAGAGAUUGGUGGCCCAAGUCGGUCGAUUUCAUGUGAUCGGACCUUUUCUGCUAUUGAGUUGCAGGACGACUCAAGUAUACGCGUCCUACAAAUCAUGACAGGGGCACCGGAGUGUUUGCACGGGAGGGCGGACGUAACGUGAGUAUCACUUGUGUGGAUAAGAAGUAA